GAAGUCGCCCCAGGCUGCGGCUCGGGUGAUGUCAGCUCUGGACAAAAAUAGAGAGCGAUCGCCUGCAAAUCCCCAGCUCCGGCAGGGCUAAACCUUGCAAUCCCUCUUCGGCCGGCGCCGAGCCAGGGCGCAGCAGCCUCCACCGCCUCCCCCGGCGCGCACACACCAGCACACGCGCACGCACGCACACACUCCCCCGCACUCGCACUCCCGGUCUUCCCCAAUCCCGCUCGGUGCCGGCCACUCGUGGUACGGGUCUGCCCCGCGGCGAAGCACAGACACAGGUGGCGGCCAGGACGCAGGGAGCGUGUUCCUGCAGCCCUGCGACCAGCGCGACCUUGCAGGAGCCGGUGUAGGAUCCCCGUAGCUCCUCUCGGAGCGCUGGCCGCGAGCCGUUCACGGGAACGCGGACCGCGCGCGGUGGAAAGCCAGGACGUGGAUUAGCGCCCGCAGCAGCCUCCGCGCGCGCCGAGGCGCUAAGGGCUUACCCAGGAGGGGGGUGCGAGGGCGGAGAGAGGCUGCCCGUUAAAUACCGCUCCCCGCCGCACUCCGGGCUCACCCAGCUCGUCGCCACUGCCUCCAGACCGUGCCCGGGAGGAGGGGGCGUUCCCCACGCCAUGGCAUCAACCGAGGGUGCCAACAAUAUGCCCAAGCAGGUGGAAGUGCGCAUGCACGACAGCCACCUCGGCUCCGAGGAGCCAAAGCACCGAAACCUGGGCAUGCGCAUGUGCGACAAGCUGGGGAAGAACCUCCUGCUCUCCCUGACUGUGUUUGGUGUCAUCCUGGGAGCAGUGUGUGGCGGGCUGCUUCGCUUGGCAUCUCCCAUCCACCCUGAUGUGGUCAUGUUGAUAGCCUUCCCGGGGGACAUCCUCAUGAGGAUGCUGAAGAUGCUCAUCCUCCCUCUCAUCAUCUCCAGCCUCAUCACAGGGCUGUCAGGGCUGGAUGCUAAAGCCAGCGGCCGCCUAGGCACGAGAGCCAUGGUAUAUUACAUGUCCACGACCAUCAUUGCCGCUGUGCUGGGGGUCAUCCUGGUGUUGGCUAUCCACCCUGGGAAUCCCAAACUCAAGAAGCAGCUGGGGCCUGGGAAGAAGAACGACGAGGUGUCCAGCCUGGAUGCCUUCCUGGAUCUCAUUAGAAAUCUCUUCCCGGAGAACCUGGUACAAGCCUGUUUCCAACAGAUUCAGACUGUGACAAAGAAAGUUCUGGUGGCACCUCCAUCCGAGGAGGCCAAUACAACCAAGGCGGUCAUCUCCCUGUUGAAUGAGACCAUGAAUGAGGCCCCUGAAGAAACUAAGAUCGUUAUCAAGAAGGGCCUGGAGUUCAAGGACGGGAUGAAUGUCUUAGGUCUGAUUGGAUUCUUUAUUGCUUUCGGCAUUGCCAUGGGGAAGAUGGGUGAGCAGGCCAAGCUGAUGGUGGAGUUCUUCAACAUUCUGAACGAGAUUGUCAUGAAGUUAGUGAUCAUGAUCAUGUGGUAUUCCCCGCUGGGUAUCGCCUGCUUGAUCUGUGGGAAGAUCAUCGCCAUCAAGGACUUAGAAGUGGUUGCUAGGCAGCUGGGGAUGUACAUGAUCACAGUGAUCGUGGGCCUCAUCAUUCACGGGGGCAUCUUUCUCCCCUUGAUUUACUUUGUAGUGACCAGAAAAAACCCAUUCUCCUUUUUUGCUGGCAUUUUCCAAGCCUGGAUCACUGCCCUGGGAACCGCUUCCAGUGCUGGAACUUUGCCUGUCACCUUCCGUUGCUUGGAAGAUAAUCUAGGGAUUGACAAGCGUGUGACCAGAUUCGUCCUCCCAGUCGGAGCAACCAUUAACAUGGAUGGUACAGCCCUUUACGAAGCCGUGGCAGCCAUUUUCAUAGCCCAGAUGAAUGGGGUUAUCCUGGAUGGAGGUCAGAUAGUGACUGUAAGCCUUACAGCAACUCUGGCGAGCAUUGGUGCAGCCAGCAUUCCCAGCGCCGGGUUGGUCACCAUGCUCCUCAUUCUCACAGCUGUGGGCCUGCCGACAGAGGACAUCAGUCUGCUGGUGGCAGUGGACUGGCUGCUGGAUAGAAUGAGAACUUCGGUCAAUGUAGUGGGCGAUUCUUUUGGGGCUGGGAUUGUCUAUCACCUUUCCAAGUCCGAGCUGGACACCAUUGACUCCCAACACCGAAUGCACGAAGACAUCGAAAUGACCAAGACGCAGUCCAUUUACGACGACACGAAGAACCACAGGGAAAGCAACUCUAACCAGUGUGUCUAUGCCGCACACAACUCUGUCGUAAUAGAUGAGUGCAAGUCUCUUCAUUAUGUGGAAUAUCAAUCGUGGGUUUAAGUUUGCACAUGACCUUGAGGACAGACAGACAGAAGGUAAGCUAGGAAACCUGCUUAGAAGUGGAUGGGAGAACUUCCCUCCUGCAUAGAGGUUCAGCUCGCUCUGGGCCAGAAAACUAGGACAUAAUUAUAGGUUCCUAAAUGUCUACACUAAAAUGAUUUGGAAUGAAUCGCCACUGAUACCCACAAACAUUUCCCCCUUUAAUUUCUAAAGCCAAGGAGACUUACUCGGUAGAGUCCAAACAUCGUCAUUUCGAUAAUUAAGACUGAGCACAUAUGUAACUCCCCUGGCCUCACUGUGACUGAACCUUUCACAUGCAUGAGUAGAAGUAGCUGCCUAGUUCUGGAUUGCUUUCUGUAUGGUUGUGUGGAGUAGCACAUGACACUCCCUGUAUUUUAAGGACUACAGUGCUAUGUAGUCUGGGUAGUGAGAUAGUCUACAGUCCUAAAACUAUUGUUGAAGUGGUCCCUACACUGCUGAACAUCUGUGAUCCCUCAGUACCCUUCAGACAAAUGUGAAUAGUUCAACUCUCCAUUUACUGCUGAACAGCAAGAUGGGUUCAAAACUAAUUUUGAAGGAAUACCAUUUAAAACUAUGGUUUCGGCAUACACUGUAAAGUCGGAUCUGGUGCUUCUCCACAUGACCCACGGGUGGUGUUUUUUGUGGUUCGUGGCCUGUAAGUUGGAUGUUGAUGG